AUGAAGACUUUCGGUAUUGCUCUCACCAUCGCCGCCUUGGCCAUUAGAGCCAUUGCGGUACCUAACAAUGUCCGUGCUGCUGGCGAUGAGGCCUGGAAGGAGGCUAACCUUGGACGCCGAGGUGCUGGUGAUGAGGCUUGGAAGGAGGCCAACUUGGGUCGUCGUCGUGCCGGUGACGAGGCUUGGAAGGAGGCCAACCUCGGCAGGCGUGCUGCCGGAGAUGAAGCUUGGAAAGAGGCUAACCUUGGACGACGUGGCACUGGCGAUGAGGCCUGGAAGGAAGCCAACCUUGGCUAA